UGCGAAACAUCCGGGGCUCUUUCAGGGGUGUCACUCAAGCCUGCGAAGAUGGCGACGACGGGCAGAAAUACACUCCUAUCGGUUAGCACAAAUGUAAAUAACAGCACUUCCGAAAGCCAAAACCCCGAGGAGGAGGAUGGACAGAAUUUAUGGUCAUCGAUACUGAGUGAGGUGUCGACGCGCUCACGAUCAAAAUUGCCGUCAGGAAAAAAUGUGGUGGUCAUGGGUGAAGUAGGGUCUGGUAAGACCACCCUGGUUGCGAAACUCCAAGGUGUAGAAGAGUACAUGAAGGGACGAGGCUUAGAGUACCUGUAUUUCAAUGUUCACGAUGAUGAUAUUGAUGAUCAAUCACGGUGUAACGCAUGGGUGCUAGAUGGGGAUUUGUACCACAAAGGUCUGCAGAAAUUUGCUAUAUCGUUGGAAAACCUGGAGGACUCGCUGAUUCUGUUUGUAGUGGAUUUGUCCCGGCCAUGGCUGGCCCUCGACUCACUGCAGAAAUGGGGCAGUGUGGUGAGGGAUUUUGUGGACAAGCUCAGAGUUCCUCCUGAAACCAUGCGAGAACUGGAGCACAGAUUGACAAAGCAGUUCCAGGAAUAUGUGGAACCAGGAAGUGACUUGGACGCUGUGCCCCAGAGGAGGAAUCCUGAGUCAGAUGAAGAGAGUGUCCUGUUGCCGCUGGGAGAAAACACACUCACACACAACCUAGGCCUGCCUAUAGUGGUGGUCUGCACCAAGUGUGAUGCAAUCAGCACUUUGGAGAAGGAGCACGAUUAUAAGGACGAGCACUUAGACUUCAUCCAGUCUCACAUUCGACGCUUCUGCUUGCAGUAUGGAGCAGCACUACUCUACACAUCCAUGAAGGAGAACAAGAAUCUAGACUUGUUAUAUAAAUACCUCGUUCACAGGUUAUAUGGCUUUCCGUUCAACAGCCCAGCUCAGGUGGUGGAGAAAGACUCUGUGUUUAUUCCAUCAGGGUGGGACAAUGAAAAAAAGAUUGCCAUCCUGCAUGAAAAUUUCCAGAUGGUAAAAGCAGAAGACAGCUUUGAAGAUGUAAUAGUGAAACCUCCAGUUAGAAAGUUUGUACAUGAGAAGGAAGUUCAAGCUGAAGAUGACCAAGUAUUUCUAGUAAAGUUGCAGUCUCUGUUAUCUAAACAGCCUCCAGUUACUGCAGGCAGACCAGUGGACCCAACAAACAGAGCUCCCACAGGCUCACCAAGGACGACCAAUCGUUCAGCAGCAGCUAACGUGGCUAACGUCAUGCCCAUGCAAUCAGGAGGUCAGACCAGUGAGGGUGUCCUGGCUAACUUCUUCAACAGUCUCUUGACAAAGAAAGCAGGCUCUCCUGGUCCAGGUGGCCAACCUGCAGGAGGAGGGAGCAACACACCAGGAACAGUACGCAAGUCAGAUCUUUGACAUCAACAACGGCUCUAAGUUGGGGUUGACUGAUGUCCAGGCUGAGCUGGACCGGAUCUCCAACAAAUCGGACCUGGACUCCUCAGCCCCUAACGCCACCACGCCCCCUGCUGAAAACGACAAAUCCUGAACAAGAGGCAGGGAUAAUUCACCGGCAAGCCCCUCCCCCUUUACACUGUUCUCCAGCCCCUGAACCUGCCUUCCUUGUGCCACCUCUCCUCCCUUCCUCAUCCUCACUAUUUCUCUUUAUCUUCUUCAGAAGGGGGGUGUUGUUCCUGUUUAUUCCUUGUAAGGCCAGUGACUUGAAGCUGCAUGUUGGGCAAAUUGCAUUUGCUAUGUCUGUCUCCACACACACGCACACACAUACAGCAGGCGGGUCUGUAAAAAACAAGGGGCAAGGUUGUCUUAGAAAUAAUGGACACUAGACGAGUGUUGGACACUAAAAGACAAAAGAAAAUUGAGAUGUUGAUGAAGUCCAAUUUGGGCUUAAAAGUGAUUAGAGAAUUUAAAUGUGUCUGUAAGAGAGUUCGACUUUUUUAUUGGCUUUUGGUAGUGAAUUCUCAUUCGAGGAACGCUGUAUGAGUGAAAGUUACCUGGCUUCUAAUAAACAAGCGCACAUUUUACUUACCUAACGUCUCUUUAAGGCUCAUUUAAACAAUUCUUUUAAAAAAUCAUCACAUUUCAGCCCGAGAGGAAUUUGAUCAGACGAUUAAUUGGAUAGGGUCACCUUGCGAUGGUGUCUUCAUUAAAUAGCCCUCUUUAUAUCCUGCCAUAUUCUUUGGUGUCUUGAUCACAGGACCAGGACAAAUAUACUGACACGAUUUCAAUGCUUUAUAAUAUUCAUAACCCCGUUUUUGCUGCUGAGAAACAGAUUCAAGUAAGAUUAAUGCGAUCUGUUUAGAAGUAUUUAAAAAUUGCACUAUUACUCAAUAGUAGGCAAUUACACUGAAAAUAAUCUUUCACAAUGCCGAUUGUAGCAGGGAAUAGUACACUUAACAAAAGAGAGUUUUUAGCAUAGACAUGGUUUAUGAAGUCAUCUGUGUAACUGCUGAGCAAGACUAUUGAUGGGACUGACAACUAUGUCCAUUGUAAAAAUUAUUUGUUUGUUUGUUUGUUUUUUAUGUUCAUAAGAGCUUGAAGUUUGAUACUUCUGUGUAUGUGUGUGUUCUCAUCUCAGCUACAGCCAGUUAUGGCACCGUUUAAUAAUGGAUGCACUAGAGAUCAUGCAAUCGAGAUCAGUAUUACUGUCUUUACAUUGUUAUGUAUGUAUGAGUGUGUGUGUGUGUGUGUGUGUGUGUGUGUGUGUGUGUGUGUGUGCGUGCGUGCGUGCGUGCGUGCGUGCGUGCGUGCGUGCGUGCGCGCGCGUGCGUGCGUGCGUGCGUGUGCGUGCGUGCGUGUGUGCGUGUGAGAGUUUUAGCUAAACGAGAAAUUCAGCAGAACAUUUGUCUGUUUAGAGACUUAAACGACUAGAAAUUAGUAAUGGGAAGGGAAGGGAGGGAGAAGGCAGAGGUGGCAGGGCAGGUGAGAUCUCAAAUCACCCUCACCUGCAUGUACAGUCAUCAACCAAACUUCUUACCAGAGGGAGGGGAAAUAAACAUACGCUAAUAUGGUCCUGUAAUUUCACAAGAUGUAGUAAUGUUUCUCUGGAUCAGGUCUGUAAUCAUUCUAUUAAAGUUGUAUUUAUUGGGAA